GGACGCAGAAAAUCGUAUUUAUGACACUCACACCCGCGUUUGUCGUCGUGGCCUCGGGGCAUGCACACCAGAACAUCGCCUGCAGUCACCUAAAUACACUCUAUUUUGUCCAUAUUUACCAAAUGUCAUGAAUUCAAUAUCUAAUCGAAAUUGGCUUCUUCUACACUGGCCCUUGACACCCAUGACCUCUUUAGACCGUCCAUCCAUGCACCGACACUCUCUGGUUGUCAGAGAUCAUUAAUGUCACCCAGCUAACAAGAGGAUAAAGGAGGAGCGGAGAAAGGUCAAAUCUCAAAGUGCAGAUUAAACUAGACUAUAAAACCAGCUCCUCAAGUAGACCAGUUGGUGGGCAAUCUACAAGACACCGCGCGCUGUAUAAUACAAGCAGGGACAGAGCAAAUAGGAGAAGCGCAAACCUAAUCGCAGAAUUUUUGUCCACCACUCAGCUGUUUGCGAUGGAGACCCUGGAGGCAGAUAUUCUGGCGAAACUCUUUUGGAACACAGAGGCGGAAGCUCGGCAACGAUGGAUAACGGAAAUUUUUACGCGCGUCCACACGACCUGCGACGUUCCCGAGAACGCCGUUUUUGGACCGUAUGAGCUGAAACAUACCUCAGUUUAUGACAGCGUCGCCUUCAUUGCUCUGAAGUCUAUGGACAGAAGAACGGCACCAUACAUUUUGAGGGUGGACACCUCAGCGCCCAACAUGCGCACUGAUGGUCCGAUGUGGCUGCGGCUGGUCCAGUCAGCCCGGAGCGCUGAGGAACAGAACCUGGAGGCCUAUGUGAAGAACGGACAACUAUUCUUUAGAGCCCUCAGGACGAUCCUGAAGGAAGAGGAGCUGUUGGUGUGGUACGGGAAAGACCUGGCCAAGCUUCUUCUCCUAAACCCACUACAGAUACAAAGCAAAGGUGCUGGUCUGUACACUUGUGCCAACUGUAACCAGGGCUUUGAGACUGAGUUCCCCUUUCUGGCACAUCGGAGAUUCCUCUGCACACAGAGACAACCAAACAGCCACACCACCAAACCUGGUCAAGGCAACACUGACCAUGUGAAACCUGACUCCCUUCCUGUUUCUGCCUUCAAACGGAGCCGUCCAGAAACAAGUCCACAGGAUAACAAACCUGCAACAGACUUCCAUAACUUAGCCAGGGAUAUGGAGAAUAUUAAGACGGGGUCUUCCAGCACCAGGGACACUGAGACUAUUGGUUCCCUCAAAAGGAAACACACAAAGGUGGAGGAGGACAGGUGGAGUGAGCCACAGCCUCUAGUGAUAAAGCAGGAACCACUGGACAGAGGAUGCUGUACUUUGAACAUGAAAAUACAACCCAGCUCAGUCUCCUGUCACCUGCCCAGUAACAUCAACAAGAACAACAUCACCAAAGACAGAGCAACCCAACUACACAUACAGCAAGGCUCUGGGCCUGAAGAUCUCAGAUCUUCAUCCAGCCUACGGUCUUCAUCUCCAUCUCUCAUCUGGUCUUCUUUCACUGACUCUCCUACUGUCACCUCGGCCUUCAUCCAGGUCUCUGUCUCAGAGAACAGGAGGAGUGCCUUCUCCCAGCCUCCACGCUCUGUUUCCCUUCCCCAGACUACCCCCCUGCUUGGGAGGGCUAAAACCUCAAUCACUCCCCUCACUACUGAUCUCCACCGACCGGUGCUGGUCCAGGGUGUUUUGAAACAGAGGCACCCUCUCUACAGCCAAGCAGCUCUCUGGCCCAGGACCCCAGGCAGAUCCCCACUCCAGGUCCAGAUUUCCCUGCCCCCCUCCGUCUCACGGCUCUCGCCCCUCAGCCUGAUGGCUCAGAACUUGUGUGCCAAAUGCAACAUCUCCUUCCGCCUGAUCUCGGAUCUGGUGCAGCAUAUGAGGUCCUACCACAAGAGGGCGCUGGAUACUACAGAGUCAGGGUCUGGGGUGAAACAACAGCAGCGCAGGGCGAUAGAGGAGAGGCUCAAGUGUUCCGUCUGCAGCGAGGUCUUCAGACAACGCCAUCACCUUGCGCGACACAUGACUUCUCACACAUGAGUUCAAUUCAAUGAGUUCUUAUCAUUGGUAAGAUCUUGAUAUUUUAAUAUGUUUGAUGUGUCAUCAUAUUGAUGAAGAUACUAAUUGGAUAACUAAUAAAACUAUUAUGUUAAUUACUGUAAUGUACAUUAACAAUGCAAUUACAUUUUUUUUAAACAUGUAUGAGUCUGCUUACAUAUAAGGGAUACUUUUUUCUCCUUAGAAAUAGUUAAACAAUUUCUCACAAUUCUGUAAAAUGUGACAUUUUUUGAAUGCCAUAUAUUUUUCUAUUCUUUUACAUCAAAUGCUUGUUUUUCACACAAAUGACGAUAAUUUCGGUGUUGAUAUGACUUGAUUGUAAGGUUAGUUGUGAACACUAGAUGGUACUAGAGAGCUAUUUACAGGGAUAGAAAAAAACUCAGCUUCAAUGUUUUUUAUUUUCUUUUGAAAGAAGUAUAUACCUAUUAUUUCAUAAGAACGCCAUGUAGAGUACAUUGAUAAGUAACACAUUGGGGUGGCCAAACAAUAAAAACAUACAUGAUACAAAACCAAAUAGUAAAAAAAGAUGAGAAUACGUCAACAUAAAACAUUUAUAAAAAGUCAUAUCUGUAAGGUAAACAAACACAUAUGAUGAGGCAAAAAAUGUAAAAAACAGAGUUAACUAUUCACAGGCUAUUCAGUCAUAUUCAUAUUCCUUUCACCAAAGAUUAGAUUAUAUAUUUUUUAGGUUCAGCACAAAUAUUUCAGUAAUGUCUGACAUAUAUACAAAACACAAUUUACUAAGAACAAAAACAUAAAAUAAUAAUAGAUGACAUUUUAAGAACACUGAGCAAGCCAACCAGCAA